GGAUCCCGCCUACAGGCACAUUUGUGAUACUUUAGCUGCGUCCGAAUUGCCAAGUAGUAGUCGAAGUAGUAGUCGAAGUAGUAUCUAGCAUGUCCGAAUUGGCCACCGGAGCGAGUAGCAUGCUACUUCAGAUACUACUUCAGAUGCUAGACACGCCCACAUUGUAGGUUGGUCUCGGUGCAUCCUACGGGCAUGCUACUGACCCAAAAUGCACCGCGGGCUUCUUCUUCGUCCUCUUAAAAGUUGUAGAAGCGCAUGUGAUGCUAGCGCCACCAGCUGCUCUGCCUAUUUAAAAGUGUCGCGAACGCCGGCUGGCCACAGUAGCGCGCACCAUGUCGGAGCAGCAGCAGCAGGCGGGACAGUACAGAUGUAAGUUUCAUGUAACUUCACACACUGUCCUAAAAAAUGUGCGGUUGUAUCUCUUUGUCAUGUCAUGGUGUCAUAUUUGCCCAAGUAAUCAUUUUAUGAGCAAGUGGCGACAUCAUGGAGGUAAAGCUCACUUAUUCCAUCAUUAAACUGCACAGCUGCAGCACUACAGCCAGGCCCGCAGAUGAGGGGCUUCAGUUACCACUGUCUGCACGGGCGCAGUACCUACUCUCUGCCUGCGGGGGUCGUCUUUCCCCACCGCUCGUCUAGUGUGUCCGAAUUGGGCCAACGUUUUUAGUAUGUAGGAGUAGGAUCUAGCAGUAGCACGUAGCAGUAGCAUGUAGUAUCCAAGCGGGCAGUUCGGACGCAGCAUUAGAGUAUAAAGUGUUGAACCAGCUUUUUAAUGUGAGGGUCUUAUUCUAGGAUAAUAAUAAUAACUUUAUAUGUAUAGCGCUUUUAAAAAACAGUUGUUUACAAAGUGCUUUGACAUAUAGUCAUAGAGCACAUGUAAAAAAUACAAAUAAAAACAAAAAGCUCAAUAAAACAGAAUUGAAGGCCAUUUUCAUGUCAUAUGGAACCCAGACAAUACAAGAACCAUGCAACAUAAAAUGAGACCAUGCGGACCAAAAUAAAAAACAUAGAAUAGUUAAGAAAAAAGGAAAAUUCAGUUAAAAGGGAGGACGAAAGCGAAAAGUAUAAUAUAAUAUAAUAUAAAGUACAAGUAUAACAAAAGUUAAAAAGACAGUAAGGCCGAAAUAAGACAUUUACUAUCCUUGAAUAAGACCCUCGCACAUUCUCUUUUUUUUUUUAUUCAUGUUCUUUUGUUAAUCUAAAAAGAUGGUUCAACACUUUAUGCUCUAAGUAUCACCAAUGUGCUUUCAUGUUUAUAUUUUGACGAAAAAUAAAACGUUUCCAAAAAAAAAAACGUUAUCAUGGCAACUUCUAUAGCAGCUGUGGCUCAUACCUACGAUGACAUUUUGUACGAGCUUCAUACAGAAAAAUGUUUUUUAAAGAGUAGAAAUUGCAGAAACUGUCCCACUUUACCCCCAAGUGAAUUAAAAUUUAAGUUUCAAUAUUUUUUUUUCUUUUGUGAUCAUAGACCAACAUGGCGGAAAUGAUUUGUCAUGGCAACCAGGUGAGCGGCAAGUGCCAGGGACACCUGUUAACCAAUAACGUCAUACAAGGAAGUCAUUUCUAUUUUUCUCGAAGGCUGUGUUAUUACUGGGGUUUGAGGUCGUUCUUCACUCUUUCGGUCUUUAUCGGUCUGGAUAACCUACAACAAAAGUAAACAUUAAACAAAAUUCUGUGAGACAGCGUACACUGCUGUGUGAGUGUCUUGUCUGGUCGAACUCCGUACCCGGAAGAAAGCAAACAACUCCGCAGGUGAGCAAAUUAUGUCAAAAAUACUAUUUUACAAACUGUUUGCGAACGAAUAAGCGUGUUUGAGACAGCUGUUUAUGAAUAUGCUAUCGUCAUUUUAACAUUUCAAUCUACAUUUAUCAAUGUAAUCAGUAAAUGAAGGGUUUCGUGGUGGCUCUAUAAUAACGGAUUAACUUGGGCGCAGUUUAACGGUGACCUGGAUUCAGGUGUAUUCUGUUUGCUGUGUGUAAAUUAUUCUGAAGUUGUGAUAUAAAAUGAUACCUAAUAAGUUACUUUAUUGUCAUUUCAAACAAAUAGACAUAAUAAGACCUGUAGCUUUAACCAUCCCUGUUUCUAAAGUUCAUGUUACAUAGUGUGGGAACAGGUGUUCUAGUCCACAGGUGUGCUGUUCAGUGAGAUCCAAGAAACUUAUCCAAAGUUUAGAAGGCAAGUAACGGCCUCAUUACAAAAUGCAAAAUCCUCUCAGAUAGUGAUCUGGGUGGACGGAUGGAUGAAUUCUAUUUUUUUUCUGUUGAACCAUGGUUAGAUAUUCACAAGUCUGUGCCAAAGACAAAACUCACAUCCAUGUGGGAACCCAUCAUACACCACUGCUGAGUACCAAAACUGGAGUACAUACCACCAACCUUUUGUUUGAUGUUUUAAUGAUCAGAGUCCAUGUGCUCCUGUGUUUUUAGGAGCAGACAGAAGCAUGGCUGAGGAUCAGUUCAAUGAUGUGGUUUCCAGACUGCAGUCAAAGCAGUUCUUCCAGUCUGACUGGGACAUUGUGUCUUUUGCAGUCUUCUUUAUAUUCAUUGGUAAGUGAUGGAGCAUUGAAAGGAAAUAUGCACAUUUGUGGUUACUAGAGGUAUAAAUUUGUUCUAGUCAAUCAUUUUUUUAUCCAUAUCUGACAAAUACAUGGUCUGCUGCCUCACUGUUGAUGUGAUGUGUACAUGAUACCAGGUAUGGUACUGCUGCUGGUGAUUCUGGUCCUCAUCCGCUGUUGCUGCUGCUGCUGCUGUGAUCAUGAAAAGGUAUUUUAUUAUUUAUUUUCAGGUUUGGUUAGGUAAAUUAAAUGAAGGACACAUCUACUGAGUCACGGUGUUCUUGGACUGAGUAGUCUCACUAUCUCUUUCUCUUUCUCUACAGCCUCGAAGGCGGAGGGUUGGCAUUGAAAAUCUGGGUCUGGAACCCUGACUCUGAUCAAAUACUGCCGAGGCAAAUGAGAGCAGAACCUCUUAGUUGACCGCUGUGCCAAUGAAAAAGAAGUUAUAAUUUAGAGUAACCAGUUGGUAACUGACUAAUCAACCACAUAUAAUGAAAGGGCAGUCAUCAGCCUUUUGCCAUUUAGUACUAAGCUGCAAAGUAAUGGAAAUAGAGCGCCUGACUGUCACUCUAGAGUGAGUUUUAUUGCCUUAAAUACCACAGGGGCUGGAACUCCCUGGGUUUUACAGCUUUGUAGAUUUUAAUAGCACUUCCUCUUGUCUUGUUUGCUGAAAGGAUUUUAAUGUUUCAGUGUUUUACAUGUAAUAAAGACAACAAAACUAAACUUUCAGUGUGUAUACUAAUCCUCAUAAUGCCAUGCAUAUUUGCUUAAUACUUAACGCAAAAAAUAAAAAAUUCUGUAGGGACAAAGUACAUAAUACAAGUUUUUAUAGGAAAACAGGAGAUAGAUGUGAUUCAGAGGACAGCAGGAGGGUUUACAGCCUCAUAAAAGGCAGUAAAUUGUUGCAACUCCUCCAGCAUGCUUACUGAAACACUUGUGAAUACUUCUCCUUCAUCCACUCCAUCCAUAAGCCUAGCCAGUUAUGAAGGCAACUUGUGAGGAUUAAGGUUUUAAACCUUCACUAGAUCCAUUCAAGAGGCUACAUGAAGUAAAAAGGUAAACACUGGGGAUCAGAAAUACAUCUAGGACUCAAACUGCACCCAGUACACGACAAAGGGAACAAAACCAUCUUAUUGUUAAGAAUAUAUUUAUUGCAGACUUAUCAGAUAAAUAAUUUCCACAUUUUACAUGAUAGACAGCUUUUCAAAAAGAUUAACACUUACUGGAAUAAUGUCAUUUGUUCAUAAUUGUAUUAGUGUUUGGUUUACAUGGAAUCAGUAUGUGCAAACAGAGUGAAAUAAAUAUGAACAUAAAGCAGACAAACACUUGAAAUCAAAACGUACACAUACAGACAUGAAAAUUAGCUUAUCAUUUCAACAAAUUCAUAAAUGAAGAAACAGGGAAUGUGAGUUGUCAUUUUAACACAAAAAAAAGGUACAACGCACUGGUCUAGCUCCAAUUUCAGCUGCCCGUAACUCCAGCUUUACGUCAUAUUAAAGCUGCGAUCACCACUUUAUCCAACGAGUUAUAUUAAACUUUCUAACAGCUUUGAUAUAUCAGGGAUCACACUGUCUAAUACGAGAAUGCCUGACAAGAAAGUUGAUUGUAAGCGAACCUUAAUUUCACAUAUAUGCGGUUUUAGAGUCUUUACACAAGAAACUUUUGUCGUACAACCAUUUUGAUGACAUAAGAAUAUUUUCCCUAUGUGCUGUUAUCCCUGAAUCCUUAAACCCUGAAGUCACUUGCCACAGAUUAUCUACAUUAAAGUGUAUUGUCACCACGGCUAAUUUGAGGCUGAAUGAAGUCCAAAAAGUUUCGAGAGUUGGAAUAAAACUGCAAAAUUUCUGGUGCAGCUGCAUCCUGAUUGUUACAUAACUACUGAUAAUGAAAUCGAAACUGUUUUGGGAUAAAUUUUCAAUCAGCUGUGGAGAUGUUUCUGUGGUGCUUCUGUGUCUUCUGAUAGAAAUAAAAGAUUCCCUUGAAAAUAUGCCACCUUCCCUUUGUCAUAGUGUUGUAUUUCUGCUAUACUGUAGAGCAGUAGGUCUGUGACCUAUAAAACUGGCGAUAGAAGAAGUAAAAUAAAAAGUUUAGGGGUCUUUUUGCUUGAAGAUGUAGGUGGUGCUGUUUUGGAAAUUACCAUGAUUGUUUCCAUAAUGUUGUCUCAUGUUUAAAACAAACACUCUGACUUUGAGUUCCUUAUAUCAUGUUUCCAAAAGCAAAGCCAAAGCCUAAGUGCCUUUAACCUGCAUUCUUUAAACGACCAGCAGAGGGAGACUCAUGUUGCCAAGGAAUUUGAAUGCAAACCUACUUUUUGCUAUGUGAAUGAUACCACCUCUUUCUUGGGUUUUGAUUAUUUUUUUCAUUUUAUAUGGAGAGUUUUGGGCUCUUUAUUUGCUCUUUCUUGAUAAACCUACAUGUUGAUGCAGAUGUUUUAAUUUCUCUCAACCCAUUUGUCAAAUAUGGUCAGUACUGAUCCCUUAAAGGUGUAGAUGACCUUCGCCAAGACACCUAAUGGGAGAAUUUAAGACUGUUGUCAAAAAUCAAUGAAGCGACUUACACUAAAUAUCUUACAUAACAUACAUUAUGAUAUAACUACAUAAUGCUUGGAUCUUUCCCACAUGCUUUCAGUUUCAAAUCAAACGAGGAUGUUUCUAAACCUCCAGACUCAGUCCACACUGUUGUGGAUUGACCUUGAAAGAGCAGCUGUGCUCGGGUUCUGACCUACGGCAAGGCAGCCUCGUGGAAGCGGUUUUAAAUCUGGCAUCCAACCUUCAAAGCUGAUAACCAAUCUGAUCAUAGCUAGCCACAGAAGAAAAUAAGUCUGGUCUGGAUUAUUUAUUAAGUGCAAAACGUUCCCGAAAAUCUGUGUAUUUGCUUUGCUAGCCAAGACACAGCUAAUGGCGAAUUUAGCGACAAAUAUGGACUUUACUUAACUUCUUUACAAAAGGAGAGAUGAGAACUAAAGAAGUCCAGUAAGUCAUCCAAUAACACAGAACAAACAGACGAGAGGUUUAACAGAACCGACAUGUAGCAUGUGAUAUUUCUUGCUUUUUUUCUCACACUCAACAAAGCUGCACUUCAUCACAGAAAAUUGUGCGCACUGACUUAGUAGUGCUGACCAAGAAUACAUAACUGGAUGCCCUUUUGAAGCCUAUGGGAAAGAAAGUAUCAGCCUGUAGUGAAGCCCCCCUACCCCCCUGUUUGUCUUCCAACCCUGAGCAGUCAAAUUAGUGUUCCAAAACUCGAGGAUCAGAACAAGCUAAACACUUAUUACGGUCUAAGUUGCCUAAAUGUAACAAAAUAACAUAUUGAUGAGCAACAUUCACAUUUUGAAAAUUCAAGUCAGUUUCUGGGAUGCAAUACACAUCAGAUAAAUGUCAGUCAGCGAGGCUAACGAAGCUAGAAAUGGCAAACAUCAGCGUCUCUGAUCGUUUGAUUGGCUCACUCAGCAAAUCAUGCAACACUUGAAACUGAAUGGCUGGAUAAUAAAGGUGAAGAAAUUAAGACCUGUGCAGGACGUCCCUUUACACUUGAGGGUUUGGUUUAGUUCGGUCUGGUCAGACUGAAGGUGGAUUAGAAAGGUCGGUAGUUCCAGAAACUUGAGAAAACAGAUAUCUGCAAGGAUGAGAAAAGAAAGGAGUGAAGAAAUAUUAACAAGAAAAAAAUAGACACUAAUGCUGUACACAAAUCUAAUUAUUAAAUCAAAUUUAAUAAUUUAACAUUUAGGGAGAUCUGUUGUUGGAGAAACACUAACCUUGUCCUUGAGCUGCUGACAGAGCUGCAGGGAUAUGGUGAAGAACACCAGCGUAUCAUUAAGCCACGGCACCACACACUCCACCUUAUGAACAUGGCUCACCUCAAAGCGGUUGUUGUUAAGUUCACUGCGGAGAAAAAAUAUCCAGAAACAACCAGAAGAGUUUAGAGAGAAUCAGGGGACACACUGUAACUAGACUGGAUUUAAAAAUCCAUCUGAACAAAAAAAGACAGACAGAAAGGAGAAAAUUAGACAGAAAAACAGAAAGAAAGAAGGAGGGAAGCAAGGAAGGAAGGAAAAAAAGAAAGAAAGAAAGACAGACAGACAGAAAGAAGGAAGGAAGGAGAAAGAAAAAAGGGACAGAAAGAAAUGCAAAAAGAAAGAAAGAAAAAAGAAAGAAUAAAAGACAGAAAGAAAAAGAGAAAGAAUUACAGAAAGAAACAAAAAGAAACACAAAAUAAAAGGAUGAAAAAAGAAAGACAGAAAGAAAGAAAGAAAGAAAAAAGAAAGACGAGAAGAAAGUAAGAGAAAAAAGAAAGAAAUGCAAAAAGAAAGAAAGAAAAAAGGCAGAAAGAGAGAAAGAAAUACAGAAAGAAACAAACAAAACGAAACGCAAAAUAAAAGAAAGAAAAAAGACAGAAAGAAAGACAGGAGGAAAGAAAGAUAUAAAGAAAGAAAAAAGAAGGACAAGAAGAAAGUAAGCGUAAAAAGAAAGCAAGACAGAAAGUAAGACAGAAAAAAAGAUGAAAAGAAAAAAGAAAGACAAGAAAAAAGUAAGAGAAAAAAGAAAGAAAGAAAGACAGAAAGAAAGAAAGAAAGAAAGAAAGAAA